AGGAGCCCUAAAAUGUGGUAGGGCGCGGUGAUUUGCGACGAUGAACGCUUGCUCCUGGUGCGCGGCACUCUUUCUCCAUCACCAAUCCUCCUCUUCCUCCUCCUCCUCGCUCAGGUGUGCAUCUUCUUAUUUCUCGCCACAGGUUGGCCUCCAGAUUCACCUCUCGCUCACUGGCCGGCGAUUCUCCAAUCCAGGGCACCAACUAGGCCUCCGGAGGAAGCAGCAAUGGCUGCUGGUGAAGAAAUCCCUGCUCUAUCCCCGGAGAACAAGAGAUUUCGCCUCCAAUUUCGCCUCGGAGGGCUCGUCGCCAAGCGAGGAGCACAAUGGCGACGACGAUAGCAGCGGCGGCGGCGGCGGCACAAGCACUAGCACGUCGGGAAGAGGCGGCGGCCAGGAUUCCCAGCCGCCGUCUCACCAUCGAUCGCAGCAGGGAUGGUGGAGGCGGCCGAAGUGGGCGUGGAAUCUGUGGAGCUGGGGCUCCAAGGGCGCCGCCACCCAGGCUCAUGAGAUUGGAGCUUUGCUGCUCCAGCUCGGGGUGGUGCUCAUGCUCAUGCGCUUCUUGAGGCCGGGACUUCCAUUCCCGGGCUCGCCUGGAGCUCCAUCGGCUGGCGCGGAAGCAAACGUCCACUAUGUCAGCGUUGCCUUUAGCGAGUUUCUCCAUAGGAUUGAGAGGAACGAGGUGGAAAACGUGGAAGUGGAUGGCGUCCACUUUACUUUCUCGCUGAGGAAGAGAGCGAGGCUGGCGGCCGAGACGGCGAGGAGAACAGCAGCAGCAGCAGCAGCAGCAGCAAACUCCAACGCCGAGACGAAGAGUUCUUCUUCUUCUUCGUCACCCGAGGACGCCAUUGUCAUAGCUGCUGCUGCUGCCUCUCCUCCAUCCAAGAAGUUCCUCUACACAACCACAAGGCCGAGUGAUAUCGUGACUCCCUACCAAAAGAUGAUCGAGAAUGGUGUGGAGUUUGGUGCUCCCGAUAAGCGGUCUUUUGGUGCUAUAAGUUCUUUCUCGAUUGGUUUGUUGUAUAUCGGACUUGUUGCCGGACUACUUGCCAGAUUUCCCAUAAAGUUUCCACAGCGGACGACUGGACGCUUGCGAAACAAAAAGGACAGCAAAGACCGCGAUCGAGAGGGUCCUAUUAUGUUUGCAGACGUUGCAGGGGUUGAUGAAGCCAAGGAAGAGCUCGAAGAAAUAGUGGAGUUUCUGCGGUCUCCGGAGCGCUACGCAAGACUGGGUGCCCGGCCACCUCGAGGAGUGUUGCUAGUUGGUCCUCCUGGAACAGGCAAAACUCUACUGGCUAAGGCCGUGGCAGGAGAAGCAAGCGUUCCAUUCAUAAGCUGCUCAGCGAGUGAGUUUGUCGAGCUCUACGUUGGCAUGGGUGCUUCCAGAGUUCGUGAGCUAUUUGCAAGGGCCAAGAAGAAUGCACCUUCUAUCGUCUUCAUUGAUGAGAUUGAUGCGGUUGCUAAAGGACGAGAUGGCCGGCUGCGUAGUGUCAGCAAUGACGAGCGCGAGCAGACAUUGAAUCAGCUCCUGACGGAAUUAGACGGCUUCGAGUCCGCAUCAACUGUUAUCGUGAUUGGAGCUACGAAUCGAGCAGAUGUUCUAGACCCCGCCCUGAGGCGACCCGGACGAUUUGAUCGGAUUGUUAUGGUGGAACCACCCGAUCGGCAAGGAAGGGAAGAGAUUUUAAACGUGCACGUCACAAAGAAGGGCUUGCCUCUUUCGAAGGACGUCAACCUGAAUGCUGUUGCCGGGGCUACCUCGGGUUUUACGGGAGCGGAUCUUGCAAACCUUGUAAACGAGGCUGCUCUACUAGCUGGUAGAGAAAAUAAGCUUGAAGUCGGGAAAGUGGAGUUUUCGCGUGCUGUUGAGCGUGCUGUGGCGGGCAUAGAGAAGAAACGUUCUAUGCUUCACGGCAGUGAGAAGGGCGUGGUUGCUAGACACGAGGCCGGGCACGCAGUCGUAGGAACAGCAGUCGCAAAUCUACUUCCCGGGCAAACAAGAGUAGAGAAGCUAAGCAUUCUUCCGAGGACAGGAGGAACUCUUGGCUUCACAUACAUACCACCAACGUCUGAGGACCGAUACUUGUUGUUUGUGGACGAGCUACGGGGCCGUCUGGUGACUUUGCUAGGCGGCCGCGCAGCCGAGGAGGUUGUUUACUCGGGCAGAGUCUCAACUGGAGCACUAGAUGAUAUCAAACGAGCGACAGACGUGGCAUAUAAGGCGAUUGCUGAAUAUGGCCUCCAUCCUUCCAUUGGUCCGAUCUCACUUGCAACGUUGUCCGGUGGUGGUCUUGAUGACUCGGGUUCGGCUUUUCCUUGGGCCAAAGACCAAGGACACAUGGUGGACCUGGUGCAACGAGAAGUCAGGACUUUACUUCAAUCGGCACUUGGUAUGGCUUUGUUGGUGAUUCGAUCGAAUCCGAAUGUUCUUGAAGGACUUGGAGCGCAGCUUGAAGCGGAAGAGAAGGUGGAAGGCGAAGUGUUACAAAAAUGGUUGAAUUUGGUGGUUGCUCCGAUAGAACUUGCUGCUUUCAUCCGGGGUGAAAUAGUCCCGUCCACCUUGCUACCAAGUACCGACUUGCUACCUCCAACAGGAGAAGAAUGAUAUAUAUAUAUUCUUUAUAAAUUUUGCAUCGCGAAUACUGUACAUACAGGUCAUUGCCUAUGUAAAUUAAAGCGACGCGAGGUAACAGUUUUCUGGGAAUCACUUGGUUUCUUCA